GAGAAACAAGUUCGGAUAGUUCAGAUCCAAUUGAGACUAGAGCAGGCAAGUUCAAGUUGUGCAUGGUAGACGUGCGUCUGGUGGGGCCAAAGUUGUUCAGUCAGAUAUUUUCUACUCAACCUGUCUUUCAGAAUAUUUUUCAGAGUCUUUUUCGUCUCUUCGUUUCAAGUCAUCCGAGGAGAUUUGGCAGAGCACUUGGAUUAGUGAAUAUUCAUGUCGUUGCCAUCAAGAAACGAUCCUGAGCCCAGGGAGCACAAUGCCAAUCCUUCCCAUUUCUGACAGAUAGCACCCAAUCAGUGAGGCUAAUGAAAAUGAUGGAUUUCGUGAAACAUUGGCGGCAAUGGAGGAUCUACUCCUUGCCGGUGCUCAUCAUGUUCUCACUGGUUGUGGUGUCCAUGCGAAGACCUGAACAGGGUCACUCGAUCCCGUUGGAAAAUUUUAUUCCCGUGGAAAACGCGGAUCCCAAGCGCGAAAUCUUCCAGAAAAUGAAAGUGAGCCAAUGCGGUUGUUCCAAGCUUGUGCCCACCAACGAAAUUCCCCCGAACCCAAUCUGGGACCAGGGGAACACCACGUGCAGUUUGGACACGUGGAUCCGAGGACCUCACCAAGGGGUUAUUGGUUUCACUUAUUUCGAGCAUCCAGCCAAGACUGACAAGGCCAAAAGUCGGGAUUACCUCCAGGGCGUGCAAGACAACCUGGAGCUCAUGAAGGAGUAUUACCCGGGCUUUGUGAUGCGGCUCUUUUCACAAUCUCUCACCCGAGUCGAACACGCUCAAAUCAUUCUGUGAUCUCGCUUGCCGAGAGCCGAUGAUGGAAUCUGCAACAUUAGCCAAAACCCGAGAUUGGGCAAUGCCACCGUGCUUUACGCCCUUUUAUGGAGAUUCCUGCCAGUCAUUGACGCCCAGGUGGACACAUUCUUCUCCCGGGAUCUGGAUUCCCGCAUCAACGCUCGGGAGGCCGCUGCCGUGGGAAGAGUUCCUAGAUUCCCCAAAAACGUUCCACGUCAUGCGGGAUCAUCCCGCUCACACGGCCUACAUCAUGGGUGGAAUGUGGGAGCCAAAGUGAGCAAAAUGCGACGACAUUUGCUGCUCUCAUUCAGAUCGUUAUUCAAGGUAAACAAUAAUGGCAAACGUAAGUUAAUUUUCUCCUGUCUAGGACUUUUGUAAAGCAGGCCAAAGCCAGAACUGAAGCCUGGCUAUGAUUCAAUGGAGACUGUUAGUUGCGAUUCAUUGUAAAAGUGAAUUUGUUAAAGAGCAUAAAACAAUGAAAUAAUGCAAGACUAUCAGACAUGUCGUGGUAUUCAAAAAAGGAAUAUCCAUUUAAGCGACAGUUACCAUCUAAGACAGAAAACAAGGAGUUGAAUUUUAUCUUUAAAUUGAUUGGUAGAACGAAAUAUGGUAUAAAAGUUCAAGCAAGCUU